ACAUCCGGUUUUGAAGUGAUUGCACCACAGUCUUUUACAAGUAUUGCCCAGGUGGAGUUGAGCAGUAUCGCCAGCACUUUCACAGAUAGUUUUAUGAGCACACGCCAGGAAUUAGUGCAAAAACAGGAAAAGAGUGGCAUUGUUUCUGUUAUGUCCCAAGCUUCUGAUCCUUCUCCGAUAUCAAUUUGUCAGUUUUAUGCCAAUAAACGAUGGUGUAAAUUUGGUAAACGCUGCAAAUUCCAGCAUACACGUGGUAGUCAGCCAUUUUCUGAUGAAGAGGACCCAACUGGAGCAAAAUGCAGUGAUUCAAAAGUUGAUUCCCAGUCUUUGAAAGAGGUAGCUAUAGACAACGCCACAGAAGGAACUGACCAAAGUGAAUUACAAACUGCCCAAGUAGUAGAGGUCUUCAGUGAGACAGAGAAACCCCACAAAUUGAAGCCCAAAGUUACUAAAGAAAAUGCAGAGGGGCAUAAAAUCUGCAAGUUCUUUGCACGAACUGGCCGGUGCAGAUUUGGAUCCAGAUGCUACUUUUUCCAUGAAAGGUCAAGUGGUGAACAGGAAAGAAAAGGUGUCAUGAAGGAAAAUGUGGAGAGUGCGGAUGCAGUCUCACAGUACACCAACUUGGAUGACAGUGAGCCCACCAGUGACCACAUGCCUGCGAACUCACCCAUGGACCACCAAAAUUCCAAUGAAACUAUGGAGGUUGAUCAGUCAUGGGAGGAUGAGGGGACAGCAAUAGGUGGGACAGCUUUAUGUAAGGGGAAGUUUUUACCGGUGGAUGAAGUCAUUUCAUUACUGAUAUCAGAUUCAUCACCAACCCUCACUGAAAUACCCCCAUUCAAGAAAGAAAAUAUAAUGUUUAUCAUAGACAACCGACGUAAAGCUGCACGCAUCCAGGCAAAACAAAAACAUGACCUUUCUGAUGAUUGUGGAGUGUGGAACCCAAGUCAUUCACCAUUGACAAGAAUGGCCUUUAGAGAUGGCAAAUGGAGCCAGGUAGUGCUGAAGAAUGACCAAUAUUACAUUGAAAAACAAGUGAAAAACAAGAGAAAAUUGCAACUUUUGGGCGAACAACCAAAUCAAGCAAUAACAUAA